GAGAGUUCGUUGAAGAGGAAAAGAAGAAUGGAGGGAGAAGCAGCAGAAGAGUUGCUAUGGAAAUCGGAGCCCCAACGCGAAUCCAUCGUCUCCGUCACGCUCGCACGUGUCAUGACUACACUUCUCACUUCCCGCGUCAAGAAGCUUCACGACUCUAUUUCUCGUCUCUCCGCACACUCACACUCUUCACACGUGGUCUCGCUCGAAGACUCGCUCUGGUUCUUCCACAGCUACGUAACCGACGCUGCAACCAACAACUCUUCGCUCGACCAAGUCCUUCUUCCAAUCAUCGACAACGCGUUGAAGUCCAAGCACGGUGACCAAGCUAUGGUUCUGCUGAACUGGCUAUUCCAGGACGCGCUUCUUUUCCAACCCGUUGCCGAGGCUCUUGCAGGCGUCGUCGCCAGAAAGCACGACCGCUACUUGUUGCUUGGUUGGUGUCUCCUUCUUCGGAAUCUAGUCGAGUACGAGAGUUCCGUUCAUCAGUCCAUGCUUGCUGGAAUAAGGGAGAGGUAUCGCGAUUUGUUGAGGAUACUCUCCACCUGCCUUCCGGAUUUGGCUGCCAUUGUCAGUAAAGGAAGCACUUUGCAGGAUGGUUUCGAGUUGCCAUCUCGCCUUGGAGUGUCCGCUGCUGAUUGUUUUUUGUCUCUCUCUGGAGCAUUAGCAAAAGUGGCUGAUCUUCAAAAUAAGAAGUUGAAAUUAAAUACAAGAGCGAAAGAUCAGGCAAUUACUUUUGUACAGUCUCCUACUAUUGACAAGAAGGUGAAACGGGAUUCUAAUUUUUUGAUGUCAAAGGUUGAAGGGGACGACUAUACUCUCUGGCAUCAUUUAGAUGACAUUAUUUAUUUGUUGCAAAGACUCCUUUCUUGGAGCAAGAAAAGUCGUUUUUUACAUGCCAAAGGCUUGGAGCAAGUUCUUAAAUGGCUGGAGGAAAUAAAGGAUCACUAUGGGUCCUUUCAACAUCAGGCAGAUUCUAAUGCUCUCAAGACUGGGGAUUUACUGCUCUCUUCUUGCUGGAAGCAUUAUAGCAUGCUACUACACCUGGAAGACAAAAAGUUUUCUCAGCAUUACAAGGAACUGUUGGAACAGUAUUUGUCUGGCAUUCAGUAUUAUAUGGACAACCACACUGGUAGUGGCUAUACUGACAACAAUGAUGGUGGGUUGGAGACAAGAAAGUUUUUUUUGAAUUGUUUAUGCCUACUGCUGGGACGUCUAGACAGCAAGAGAUUUGAAAGCACGGUGUCGGAAUUUGGCAUGAAAAUCUCACGCAUUCUAUUACCACAGCUUAAUUGCACCGAUGAAGAUGUGAUAGUUGGGGUUGUUUCAAUAUUCAAGGCUGUCAUUCUGAGGCCAGAUUACUCACAAGAAGAUACACUUACUGACAGUAGGCAGGCAAAUAUUGUGAUGCCUUUUCUGCUUCAACUUCUAGAUGAACGGGAUGGUACAGCUGGAGCUGUUGUUAUGCUGAUAGCAGAAUACUGCUCAAUGAGCAAAGAUGAUCAGUGCCUUAUGGAAAUUCUAAAGCUACUUGAUUCUGGAAACAUUUCACAGAGAAGAAAUGCCAUGGAUGUUAUAACAGAAGUCCUACACAUAUCAUCUAAGUCACAGAAUUUAAUGCCUUAUUCUUCUAGGCAAGAUAUAGCUGACAAAUUGCUAGAGCGGCUUGGAGAUGAAGAAAUUAUGAUCCGUGAGCAGGCAUCCAAAUUACUUCCAAUGAUAGACCCUUCAUUGUACUUGCCUGCACUGGUUGAUCUUGUCUACUCUCCAGAUGAGAGCCAAUCAUCUGCUAGUGAUGCCAUCAUUGGGGUCCUCACGCGUCACAACCAGAGAAUUGAAAUCAUAUUGUUGCUUCUUGACUGUGUUAGCAACACCAGUAAAAGCCUAGACCAUCCACAGUCUACUGGAGAUGAAGGCUCAAAGUUGGAUGCUGACCGGGUGCUCAAACUGGUUCCAGUGUGGUCUAAAAGUGUUCAAGACUGGAACUUCUUAAUUGGACCACUGGUUGAUAAGAUGUUUGCAGAUCCAUCAAAUGCAACUAAUGUCAAAUUUCUGAGUUAUAUAAGUGAGAACCUGGCAAAUGUUGCUGAUCUUGUAUUGCAUCAUGUUCUAUUACAUGUUAAGGAGCAGAAGCACAGGAUUGGUGAAAGUUUUGUAUCAAGAUGGGAGCAAAGAACCUACACCAGUGAUGAAUAUGAAGAAAUGCAGCGAUCUCUGUUUGAGCAUCUAUGCCCUUUGCUUAUAAUUAAGAUUCUUCCCUUGAAAACUUUCAAUGACCUCGAUUCAUCAAUUAUGUAUGGACAUCUCAUACAAUAUGUAAUCCAGGAUGCAGGAGGUGGGGACACUGAGAUUGGUGAUAAUUGUAUCGCUGCUCUCCUUCUAAACAGGGCUUUUAGUGAGUUUGAAUUUGAAGAUGUUCGAAAGCUUUCUGCAGAGCUGUGUGGACGCAUUCAUCCACAAGUUCUCUUCCCGUAUCUUUGCUCCAUGUUUGAGAUGGCUGUUGACUCUAAGAAUAUACUUAAGAUAAAGGCCUGUUUGUUUUCAGUCUGCACAUCCCUUGUGGUCAGAGGCUGGGAGUCACUUUCUCAUCCUUCGAUGUAUGCAAUUAGAAAGAUGAUUGAAGCAGUGCUGUUAUGGCCUUGUCUGAACGAUGAUUCAGUUGCGAAAGCACAACAUGGAUGUAUUGAUUGUCUAGCACUGAUGAUAUGUGCUGAACUACAAGCUAAGGAAUCAAUCACCAAUUCCAUACCAGACAAAACUAGGGCCGGUGGGAAGAAAGGGAAUUCCAUUGUUGCCUAUGUGAUCAAACUGUUCUUUAAUGACAAGAAUGAACGAACUUCAACUGUUGAGUUUGGGGAUGAAAACUCUGAAUUUGCUGCUGCAUUUCCUCUCUCUUUCCGUCUGUGUAUGGGCAAUGUUCUUAUUAGCACUUGCCAGAAGAUUUCAGAAUCUUGCAAGAAGCAUUUUGCAGCACAAGUUAUUCCGUUACUCCUUCAUUCUCUUGAGUUUGAAACGAAGUCAGAGAUUAGGGCAGCAUGCACCCAGGUCCUAUUUUCAGCUGUCUAUCAUCUAAGAUCUGCAGUUCUUCCUUAUGCAUCUGACCUUCUUAGAAUUGCUCUAAAGGCCCUGAGGAAGGAAUCAGACAAGGAAAGGAUGGCAGGUGCGAAGCUAAUAGCAUCACUUAUGGCCAGUGAAGAUGUGAUUUUGGAAAACAUAUCAGUUGGACUAUUAGAAGCAAGGUCUGUACUCUCAACCAUAUCCUCUUCAGAUCCUUCACUUGAGUUACAACAGCUAUGCCGCAAGUUGCUAGCAUGCAUAUCUUCUUCGUGAGUUGCGACAAACUUUUUUGCAGAGUAUAUUUCAAAAGAUCACAUUUAGUUGUCUCUUCUCACCUUUUAUAUAUAUAUAUAUAUAUUUUUUAUAUAUAUUUAUUCAGUGUACAUAGUUCACUUUUGUGUGCAGAUAAAAUAUUUUAAAACAGGUAUCAUUGCAUACUUGAAUAGUCAUAAAUAUAUAUUCCUAUGAUCAUGUUGUAUACAAUACCUGUUAAUACCAGGUUAAUGUCAAAAUUCAGGGAUGUGCACGCUUC